AUGCUCGGUGGCUGGCGCUACGGGGUUUGGCGCUACAAGGAUGGAGGACCCACGGCACCCGCACGGAUUCUUGACCACACUUCAUCCUGGAUCGCGCUAAAGCGAGAGGUGGCGUUGGACCGCCCUGCCCCUUCGUCCUUCGCUCGCGUCUUUGGCCUCUUCGCUCCCAUUCUGUCUACACCAGGCUUCCUCUCACGACCGACCAUCACAGCGCCCGGCCGCAUCAUCAGCCGUAACACCGUCGCAUUACAGACACUUCGUCUGUUCGUGCUCGGGUCCACCUUCUCGGUGUUCCUCUGCGCCCUGCUGUCGUUCUCCGCGUUCUCUCCCCACGCCUGCACCUCCAAGUAG